CUUCUCAGUUGAGUCACAGGUGGAUAACGGAGCGGAGUCACCUGCCCAGAGCCCGGGAUACAACUGCCACUCGGGGGGAGCCAAGUAAAGCCAAUCCCAGGACUUAGAGAGAAAUAGUGAUCCAGUAGCACAAUGUCUCCCUGUGUGACAGUCAUGUGCCUCGUACUCUGCACUGUACUUGCCACAGCUAGCGGAAACGAUGGAAUGAACACCACCACCACAGCUCAAGAGACCACCUCUUCUACUACAGUUACACCUGAUACUACUCACAUUACUAACAGUACUGCAUCUCCCGAUGUUACUCAUACCAACAGUACUGUAUCCCCCGAUGUUACUCAUACUACUAACAGUACUGCAUCUCCUGAUGUUACUCAUACCAACAGUACUGUAUCCCCCGAUGUUACUCAUACUACUAACAGUACUGUAUCCCCAGAUGUUACUCAUACCAACAGUACUGUAUCCCCCGAUGUUACUCAUACUACUAACAGUACUGUAUCCCCUGAUGUUACUCAUAACAACAGUACUGCAUCCCCCGAUGUUACUCAUACUACUAACAGUACUACAUCUCCUGAUGCUACUCAAACUACUAACAGUACUCUAUCUCCAGAAGUUACUCAUACUAACAGUACUGCCUCUCCCGAUGUUACUCAUACUACUAACAGUACUACAUCCCCUGAUGCCACUCAAACUACUAACAGUACUUUAUCUCCCGAUGUUACUCAUACUAACAGUACUGUAUCCCCCGAUGUUACUCAUACUACUAACAGUACUACGUCUCCUGAUGUUACUCAUACUAACAGUACUGCCUCUCCCGAUGUUACUCAUACUACUAACAGUACUGUAUCUCCAGAUACUACCCGUACUAACAACAGUACUGCAUCUCCAGAUACUGGUACUGGCCAUACUACUAAUAGUACUAUAUCCCUGAUACUACCAAAACUACUAACAGUACUGAAUCUCCUGAUGCUACUCAUACCACUAAUAGUACUACAUCUCCAGAUACUGGUACCAGCCAUACUACUAAUAGUACCUCAUCUCCUGAUACUACCCAAACUACUAACAGUGCUGUAUCUCCCAAUGCUACCCUUACAAUGAACAGUACUGCAUCUCCUGAUACUGGUACCAGCUAUACUACUAACAGUACUGCAUCUCCCGAUACUACUCAUACUACCAACAGUACUGCAUCUACCAAUACUAUCCAUACUACCAACAGUACUGCAUCUACAGAUACUUCUCAUACUACCAACAGUACUGUGUCUACCGAUACUACCCAUACUACCAACAGUACUGCGUCUACCGAUACUACUCAUACUUCCAACAGUACUGCAUCUACCGAUACUACUCAUACUUCCAACAGUACUGCGUCUACCGAUACUACCCAUACUACCAACAGUACUGCAUCUACCAAUACUACCCAUACUAACAACAGUACUGCAACUCCUGAUACUAGCACCGCACAUACUACAAAUAGUACUACAUCCCCUGAUACUGGUACCAUCUCUACUGUCAAUACCACUGCAUCUAGUGCUAGCACACUGCCGGUACAGAACACAACUACUCCGAAUUUUUAACAUGUAUGUGACCAUGAGAUUCCUCACAGAUUAUGUCACGGCUUAUGCAGACGCAAACUCUGCGGAAUACAAGACUAUCGAGAAUGACAUUGUACAAUUUUAUAAUAAAACGUUCGCUUGCUCGAAUUGUGCAAAGAGAAGUACCUACCGAGGAGUAACACUCCUUACACUCCAACCUGGUUCAGUUAUCGCCAACACAAGGUUGUCCUUCAGCGACCAAGAAACUCAGACCAACGUCCAGAAUAUAAUAGAGAGACAAUUAUCUCAAGAUGGCAACAAGAUUGGAGGGCAUCAAGUUUCCGAUGUCCGAACAAGUACAUCGCCCAUAGACAGUGCAACCACAGGUCCUCCAGUGCCAGGGUGGGGGAUUGCUCUGCUUGUUCUGAUGUCAGUCAUUCUGUUCAUCGCCUUCAUCUUCAUAAUAGUCAUGAUAACCAAUUUAUGUCGUCGUAACAACAGUGGUUUAAUGGAUGUGUUUUCCACUCGAAGCUCAUACCACACCAUGAGCGACUAUACAUCUCAUCAAACACAUGGUCGUUAUGUUGCACCUAACAAAUACAAUGCAUAUAAUGAGGCUGGCAACGGGACAAAAAACAAGUUUUCCUACACAAACCCGACUCUUGAAACCAACGACUUGUAAGAAGGUGGAACAGAAGAGGAGAAUUGUGCUCCCCAGGGGAGCUUGCUUUAAACUUCUCACUGAACUUUCCCUUGAAUGGACUCAAUGCUGGAGCCAUGACAUAACAGUAUAUUCUCUCUAUGGACACAGUAAUAAGAGCAGGGACUAAUGAUGUUUCUUCCAGCACCAGUAAGCCAGUCCUUCUGUUUGUAUCUAAAUGAAAAGUGUGAGCAGUUUCGGCUGGCCUGGCACCCAGCUCAGAAAGCAGUGUAAUAAAUGGGAGACUGAAGGCCUGACUGGUCACGAGGAACUCACGUUAGGCUAAUGAUCUCCUUAUGAAUAGCCGGCCUGCCUUCCAACAGUUGCCUGGACUCAGCGCUAUCAGGAACUCGCUGUUCUGUUCUUGUUCCACUUGCUUUUUUCUGCUUUAAAUUUGCUCCCUGAAUCCACAGCUCAGAAUAGGGAUUGUGUUCAGUGUCCUCGGCCCAUAGUCUUCUUCUCUAGUGGCACCUGGGCACAUUGGGCAUAUGAAUAGCAAUCCCUUGUGUCCCCUGGAGAAUAAACACCCCCUUACACUGUGGCUAAUCUGCUGCUUUACCAGUAUGUUCUGGAUGCAGGGUCCGGAGAAUGUCACACUCUUUCCUUAAUGAGUGAAUGAUGGUUCCUUGCACCCCAGGCUUUGUAUAUAGACAAGUCUUUCUAUGUCAUGUGGAGAGAAGAAGAGGAGCACUAGUAGCUAAGAAGUGCCAAAAUCCUUCAUUUAAAGCUUUGCCUGGUUUUACUUGCACAGUCAGGGAAAGCCACUAUCUUCUCCUAUACCCAUAGCCAAACUUUAUAUAUAAUGUCAUUUAUUGUUCACUCUGUGCCCAUUUACAGCCCCAAAUCUAGUUGCCAGGCUAAAGCAUCAUAUGCCAAUGAGUUAUGUGAGACACACACAGGACGGCUGUCUGGAUACAGGAAUCUCACAAGGAAUUACAAACUGUCCCUGGAAAUAAUUCGGCAACAAUACCCCCCCCCCAUUCUUUCCAGUGUUGGACAGUAGGGAGCCAUAUUUGUUGGGCACAAGAGCCUUAUUUGAUAUAUAAUGAGAUUAGUCAGUGUUAAUGGCUGUUACCUGAGAGACAGUGGGGGGUGAAUUGUACAAUUGUUACCUGCUCCUUAUUGUUACAAUAUUCCAUUGUGAGCUGCUCAAUAUUCCCCCCCCCCAGCCUCACUCACUCACUAUGGCUUCUCUCUUGCACAUAUUCCUGAUCUGUCCUGUAUUUAUAUACAGUAUUUGUAUAUCUGCUGCAUUAUGUAUGUUCAUCAUGAUUUGUUGGAAAUAAAGCCAUGCAAAAGA